AUGUUCUUCAGAUUAACGUUUGCCAGUGUUGUUGCUUUAAUUUACAUCCAGAUUCAGMUGCUACCAGCUUCAAAACGUAACGAUCUYGUCCGAACUUUAGGUUUGACCCAUGAGAAAAUUCCACCUGAGAACGUUGCAUGGAACAAGCUUUGUAAAGCUGAUAAUUCUAACUGGAAGAAAGACGAUUUUCCAUCUGAAAACUCGACAAAAAGCCUGAAUACUUUCAAAUGGAAUGACGUCAAAGGCUACUCAAUUGAAUCACUCGUGAGACAGCCUUGGUUUCCAUGUCAACCUUCUGAGAUGAGCUUCGCCUCGAUGGCUCAGAUACAGCAGGAUUCACCUGACUACGGUCAAUGGGUUGUGGGUUAUAUACACGCUGACCUUACCGGCGAGUAUUUAUUUGCGUUGUCCUCGGAUGAUUUUUCGGARUUUUGGAUCAGUACGGAUGAGAACCCUGCCAAUUCCAAACGUGUUUCUAUGGUUACGGGGUGGACCAGACUUGGUCAGCACACCAAGUAUUUCGAUCAGAUUUCAGACCCAAUUCAACUAAAAAAAUGCAACAAGUAUUUUAUUGAGAUUCUUCACAAACAGUCACAUGGCCAAGGUUUUGUGAUGUUAUCAUGGAAGCGGCCUGGCUAUGAAAAGUUUUUCCUGGUUACCAGUGCCUACCUGUCACCUUUGAUGGCCAGGCUACCAACAAUCGCCAAGCCACAUAAAAUCACGUUACACAAAGAGAAUCACAAGUUAGAGAUGGCUUUACAAAAGCAAAGGGAAAAUAAACUUAGUCACGAUAUUUCAGAUAAAUAUUUGAGUUCUCGAGUGAAGCGCUUUGUUAAAAACAACACAAUUUCUCUGAUAUCUUGCCACAAUGGGCUAUACAAAUACAAUGCGAAAAGGCAWGGAAGCAGUUUCACGGCAAUUUAUCCUUUACCUUCGACUGAAAAAAGCAAUAAAAGAAKAAACGAAGAAAAAGAAAACAGUCAGAAUUUACUGGAGAAAGAUGCCAAAAAAAUAAUUGCCAAGUUUCUGGAGCUUUUGGAUGAUUUUCAUCCAGGAGAGUACUCGCUUGGGAAAGUAAUAUCCGUUGAGAGGAAGCAGUUUCCAAAUCAGAAUGAGCGUUAYUUAGUUGAUUUMGUGCUUCGUCGUAAACAAGAUGAUGUACGAGUCACAGAAUACUUGUUUAGGAAAUGGACCGAUGAUUCAAUCUGUACCGUAGACGAUCUACGUUGGAAUUCCACAACAUUUAUCCAUAUCAUUGUCACCAUAAAAAAGGGUGAAUCAAAUUGGGCCUGGCAUUUAUUUGAUAGUAUCGAAGAUAUUGCUGCUAAAACAGGCGACAAGGAACUCCACUUGACUAUCAUUGAUUACGAUCAAGAUGACAAACUCGUGAAAGUGCUAAAUAACUCCCCACUUUCUGUUAAUGUCAUCUCUAGAAGUGGGUAUGAAAAUAUUGCUGAAAACAUUCUUGAUGUUGUAAUGAUGCAAGCUAGGCAAGAUGAAAUUGUGAUGGUGGUUGAUCCUCACCUGAAAUUGCCAUUGGACAUUAUGGAUCAAGUAAGAAAGCACUGCGUACAAAGUUACAUGGCGUUUAGUCCUCUUGUAUUCCACUUAAAAAGAGGAUAUAGUCCUGCCGAAACUGAAGGAUCUUGGGAUACUAAAGGGUUUAAGUUAAUGGCAAUGUUUCAGAAUGAUUGGCAAAAUCACUUGUCCGGCACAAAGCAUCAUCCUGGAAAAGACCAAGAUUUGGAAGAUUUGGGAAAUACAAUCUUCCUGAAGAUCGACGUUGUCCGAAUUAGGAUCGAAAAUCUGUUUUAUUUUUCAUCACCGUGA